AUGUCGUUCUCGAAUAGACAUUCAAUCUACUCGACGACGUCCGCUUCACCUUACGCCGCGAAUCAACAAGGCGGAGGGCAGAUUACAACCUCGUCCCUACUUACAGCUCUUCACAAUUCUUAUCAAUCAGGCCAACCUCACAGUCUCGAUGCAAGCACAACGCUCGUUGUGAAUUCUGGAAAUGGCCUCGGCAAUGCAGGCUACGGGGGCGGGGUGAUUGACGAAAAUGUUGGAACAAGAGCUUGGGAGCAUGCCCGGAGACGAGCAGAGGACCAAACUAUUUUAUUAGCAUCUCUACAUCCCCACUCACCUUCACUUUUAACCCCGAUUUUGGGUACACUACCCUCACCACCAGACAUCCUUACCAACGCCCUUGCUCUAAUUUCAGCAUUUACAUCUUGCCUGACACCUUCAUCUCCAUUCUCUGUACCGUAUCAUAAUGGUUUGGUGGUCUCUCUUCAGCUAUCUUUAGCCGGGAACAUCACAGGAGCCCACAUCUCCCUCUCAACCGCCGGGAUCGAUACUGCCAACGGUCUUCUCCAAAUACCUGCGAAGGACGGAUAUAGAGCCUUUGAUGUAUUUUACUAUCUCCUAUCAGCAGCAUCCACGCCUGCUGAAAGGCAGGGUCUCGGUCUACAAACACCCGACAAGUAUUCACUACUCGCCCGAAGUGGGACCUACUACCUUCCAAGCUAUCUGCCUACCGCAGAUGACUCAGCAGCAGCGGAGGAUUGGAGAGCAAAUCUUAGGGCUAUCGGGGUCAAGGGGAGUCUUCUUAGGGGUCUUCUCUCAGCGCUUGCUGGUAUUCUCAAACUUGGGAAUUCUGUCGGACUUUUAGUAGAUGAAGAUGUUGUUGAAGAGGUGUGCGAAGAUGUAUCCGGCCUUAUCGGCAUCGAACCCGAAGUUCUGGCAAAAAAGAUGGGCGACAACGAGAGAGAAGCAUUCAUCGCAGCUGUCUAUGAAGCUAUUGUUGAAUGGAUUGUUGCAAGAUCGAACGAUGCUAUUGCCGCUGACUUCGAGGCACGGAAAGAGAAUGAGUCAGGUACAGAUGGAAGUGAAGGCGAUACCGUUCAAAUCAAUGUUCUUGAGCUGCCUGGUGAAAAGAUGGCGAAGGCUCUAUGUCUUAAAGGCGUGUUCGACGACGAAAGUGGCCUCAAUUUAGAAAUGAAAAUGGACGGAGUUCAAAUGCCCAGUGCUAACGGUACCGUGCUCAGGGAGAUGAAGACUGCAUGGACUGAAGCCGAGAGUGCGGGCCUCGUUGGUAUGAGUAGAGAUAGGGAAUACGAGCGUGAUAGAAGGGAGCAAGUUAUUGAGAAGGGCGGUCGUGAGGUUGAGGAGGGUGGAUUUUUGAAGGAACUCCUAUUCCCAGCCGAGUAUGGGCGAGAUAUGGACUCGAUCAAAUUUGAUGCUGUGCAGCUCCUUGCAGCCUCUCGAGUCUGGUGGCAUUUAAACCUAUCACCUUCAGAAGACCCAACCACUGGGCAACAGCCAGCUCAAUGGGCUGCUGCUGCUGUCAGUAAGCAGUUGCGUAGCUGGAGACUGCCUGAAUGGGGAAACCGCAGAACCAAGCACCUCGAUUUUACUUCUGACUUCGAUUUCGACGAAUUCUCGGUAAGAUACGCCCCUCUUGGCUGCACUGGUGGUCGAGAUGGCGUUGAGAGCUGGGUUAUCGAAAGAGGCUGGAGUAAUGGUGAAGUGGUAGUAGGAAAUGAGAGGGUAUGGAUGCGGGAAGGAAGUUGGUGGGAAGCAGAGAAUAUGCUCGACUUGAAACAACCAAUGCCAGGUAUGAUGGGCAUGGGGGCCGCUCCAAUGGACACCGGCUACACUACAAAUACCAACGGGAGCGGCUACUUCGCCAUGGGCGGUGUCCAGCCAUUGACACCCGGCGCAUCCAGAGAUAAUCUUCUUCGACAGAGUACCAUGAGUGGAGCAUUGCCUGGAAGCUCUCCCCUCGCUGCAUCCGGCGGUGAGGGAGAUGCUCCUGGAAUGUCAAAAUACGACGAAGCCUACUAUUCUGGAAAGCUUGACCCCGAAGCUGCCGAUCCCAAGCAUAUUGAGGAACAGCCGACCUCUAGAACCCGUAAAAUCUGGGUCGCUGCAGUGUGGGCCUUAACAUGGUGGAUUCCGAGUUUCUUACUCCAGCACGUUGGCAGGAUGAAGCGGCCUGAUGUCCGAAUGGCUUGGAGAGAGAAAUUUGUUCUUUGCCUUUUCAUCUUCUUGUGUAACGCUAUCAUCGUGUUUUGGAUUGCUGCAUUUGCCAGACUGGUCUGUCCGAAUUACGACAAAGCUUGGAAUACCAAGGAGGUUGCAACCCACACGGGUGAAAACGAUUUCUGGGUCAGCAUCCGUGGUUACGUCUAUGAUAUGACCGAUUUCUGGACCCUCCAACACAGUGACAGCAAUAUCGAGACCACCAGAGACAACAUGAUCGAUUUUGCUGGUCUUGAUCUUUCUGCCUACUUCCCGCCACCUAUCUAUCUAGCUUGUCCUGAUCUCAUUAGCUCCCAACUCGUAACCAUGAGUUACAAUGAUUCCUCUACAGUACAACAAUUUGCUAUUGGUAUUCACAACUCUGGCCCUCGUCUUGCUCAAGACACAACCUCCGAGUUGCAUUCAGCAAACUGGUACUCACAACGAUUUUUACCCUUCAUCAAAGAUUUCAAAAAGGGUGACCUGGUCUGGGAUCCAAAGGAUAUUAGGAAGACAGGGAAAGCAGACAAUAAACCAUGGGGUAUCAUCGAUGAUAAGAUCUACGAUCUGACAGAUUACUUCUACACUGCGGACCUCAAUCCCAAUACCGGUGCUGCUGGUGUUACUUCCUAUAACUACCUCGAUUCGGAGAUUGAGGAUUUAUUUCAGCAGAAACCAGGUAGCGAUCUCACCAAGGAAUUUCAUAAACUGGGUAACAGCACUAUGCGGGCCCAAAACUUGAGAUGUAUGAACAAUCUCUUCUACGUAGGACGCACGGAUUUCAGGAAAACAGCCAAGUGUCAAUUCAACAGUUAUAUUCUUCCCAUCUUCGCUGGUAUCGUCGCAGCUGUUAUUGUCGUCAAGUUUUUGGCUGCGCUUCAGCUUGGUUCCAAACGUCGUCCGGCUCAACAAGACAAGUUCGUCAUUUGUCAGAUUCCUGCGUAUACCGAGGGCGAGGAUCAACUUAGGAAGGCACUCGACUCACUUACUGCCCUGAACUACGAUAACAAGAGGAAAUUACUUUGCGUGGUAUGCGACGGUUUGGUCGUUGGUGGUGGUAACGAUAGACCUACUUCGAGCAUCGUUUGUGACAUCCUUGGUGUUGACCCAAAGAUUGAUCCUCCUGCGCUGCCUUUCAAAUCCGUCGGAGAUGGAAGUGCUCAACUGAAUUACGGAAAGGUUUACUCUGGUUUGUAUGAAUACGAGGGAUGUGUCGUUCCUUACGUCGUCAUUGUCAAGGUUGGAAAACCUUCCGAAAAAUCAAAGCCUGGUAAUCGUGGUAAACGUGAUUCCCAAGUUCUGCUUCUCGACUUCCUUAACCGCGUCCACCACCGUACUCCUAUGUCUCCGCUUCAACUUGAGAUAUUCCACCAAAUCAACAACAUCAUUGGUGUUGAUCCAGAGCUUUACGAAUAUCUUCUCAUGGUUGACGCUGAUACAAGUGUCAAGGAAGAUGCGUUGAACCGUUUGGUGGCUGCUUGCGCAAACGAUGCAAAGAUCGUAGGAAUCUGCGGUGAGACUAGUUUGGAGAAUGAGGAAAGGUCCUGGUGGACUAUGAUUCAGGUUUACGAAUACUAUAUCUCUCACCAUCUCGCAAAGGCUUUUGAGAGUCUAUUCGGAUCGGUUACUUGUUUGCCUGGAUGUUUCUGCAUGUAUCGCCUACGCACUCCUGACAAGGGUCGUCCUCUUAUUAUCUCUAGCAAAAUUAUUGAGGAAUACUCUGAUGGGUGUGUCGACACGCUUCACAAGAAGAACCUGUUGUCUCUCGGUGAGGAUCGUUAUCUUACGACUUUGAUGACUAAGCAUUUCCCAUACAUGAGCUACAAGUUCAUUCCAGACGCCUACGCUCUUACUGCUGCCCCUGAGACUUGGAGUGUUCUGUUGUCCCAAAGGCGUCGAUGGAUUAACUCUACCGUUCACAAUUUGGCCGAAUUGUUCUUCCUCAAGGAGAUGUGCGGCUUUUGUUUCUUCUCCAUGAGAUUCGUCGUCUUUUUGGAUUUGAUCGGUACCAUCAUUCUUCCUGCCACUUGCGUAUACUUCGGAUAUUUGAUCUAUCUUAUUGCUAGCAAGACAGGACCAAUGCCUAUCCUGUCACUGGUUAUGAUUGCUGCCGUUUAUGGUCUCCAAGCGAUCAUCUUCAUUAUAAAGAGGCAAUGGCAGCAUGUUGGAUGGAUGAUCAUCUAUAUCCUUGCGUUCCCAAUCUACUCCUUUGUUCUCCCCGUUUACUCAUUCUGGGCCCAAGACGAUUUCUCAUGGGGUAAUACUCGUAUCGUCAUUGGCGAGAGCGGCGCCAAGAAGGUUGUUGCUACUGCAGAUGAAGGAUUUGAUCCAAAGAGUAUUCCGCUGCAAUCGUGGGACGACUAUGCGGCUCAAAACGGACUUCCUGGUCGUCGCGGUGGUGCACCGGAGAAAUUUGAUGGCGCUUAUCAGGACGGCGUUGAACUUGAUGACAUGCAAUCUAUGUACUCUUCUGUUAAGCCAGCCUCCACAAUUCUUACUGGUCUUCCAAAUAUGGGCGGGCACCCUUAUAUGCCACCCCAUUCUCCAGCCCCGUUCAAUAAUAACAGGCAGUCAACUUAUUCGGCUUACACAAACUUCAACGAUCCAAACCACCACCAGCAGCAACGUUUGAUGUCACUAGGAGGUAUGAGCCAGAGGGAUUAUUGGCAAGAUGGUCCUGCGAACAAUCGCCAGAGUGCCAUGAGUACCGGGUUGCCAAGCACUGAUAACCUCCUCUCCAUGAACACCCCUCCACCAAGAGGGCCUAGUCGGAGUCCCCUUGGAUUCGCUGGAAGUAGACCAGCAAGUACCAUGGACUUCAUGAGGGCUGGUGGCGGUCCAGAUGAUGAUUCGAUCAUUGAAAGUAUCAGACAAGUCUUAAGAGAGGUGGAUUUGGAGACUGUUACGAAGAAACAAGUCCGUGCGUUGGUGGAGCAAAGAUUGCAGACAGAGUGCCAAGGCGAGAGACGGUCAUUCUUGGAUAAACACAUUGACACUGAGUUGGCAAACUUGCCAAUGUGA